AUGGUUACUUCUCACCUCGAAAAAGGGGAAAAAAUUAUGUCUGCAUCGAGAGGGCCAUCUAGGGCCCCCUCGGAGGUGGGAUCAUGUGACAAUAAAGAGGCCCCGAAGGAGGAAGGAGCCGUCUUGAUUCCUUCUCAGUGCCACGUGGAGACAAAGGAAUCUUUUGUAGCUCUUGGGGCAAAACCAAAAGACACUCCACAAGUUGAGAAAGAGAAACCAAAACAGGCGGAGAGCCUCUAUCCCGCCUUGGAAGGGAUAAAAUAUUCCGAACCGGAGGACUCCGAGCUGGAGGACUUGCCCCAGUCAGAUUGGGAUGAUCUAGAAGAAGAAGCGGCCAAAUAUCAUAACCCUGACUGGCCGCCGAUGGCAGACCCUCAGAACCUUAACAAUGUUAUUAGACAAUGGACUCCUGUAAAUUUUAAGGUUAUAAAAGAAUUAAAAUUGACAGUAUCUCAGUACGGUAGUGGAGCACCUUACACUAUCGCGUUAUUGGAGUCCCUCACUGUCACCUGGCUGACGCCCUCCGAUUGGCAAACAGUCUGUAAAGCAGUAUUAAGUGGGGGCGAUUAUCUGCUUUGGAAAAGUGAAUAUGCUGAUUUCUGUAGAGAUACAGCCAGAAGAAAUAUGCAGGCUAAUAAUGGAAUCACUCUCGACAUGUUAUUGGGAGAAAAUGAUUUCUCGGCCAUCAACACUCAGGUUUUAUUGCCUGAUGCUGCAUUCGCUCAGAUACAAGCGGCCGCCAUGAGGGCCUGGAGAAAAAUUCCAACAAAAGGAGAUGUAACUGCAGGCCUUGCUAAUAUUAGACAGGGCCCUGAUGAGCCAUUUGCAGAUUUUGUGCAUCGCCUGCUAACCGCAGCAGGAAGGAUUUUUGGCAGCCCUGAAGCCGGUACUGAAAUGGUCAAACAGUUGGCCUUUGAAAAUGCUAAUUCUGCCUGCCAAGCAGCCAUUCGCCCUUACAAGAGAAAGACUGAUCUAUCAGGGUAUAUCCGUCUUUGUGCAGACAUUGGCACAAGCUAUGUUCAGGGGCUAGCUCAAGCUGCGGCAUUAAGGGGACAAACUCUACAAGAGUUUUUAGUUUCAAAAGGGAAAGGCAAUUGUUUCAAAUGUGGCAAGUCAGGACAUUUCGCCAGGGAUUGUAAAGAAGACCAAACCCAAAAUAAAGGCGGUACCCCCACUCCCCGGCUAUGUCCACGCUGCCGGAAGGGCAAGCGCUGGGCUAAUGAAUGCCGUUCUAAAAGAGAUGCAGACGGCAACUCUCUCCCUCCGUCGCAGGGAAACAAGGGGAGGGGCCAACCCCAGGCCCCGAAAGGGCAGCAAGCCUAUGGGGCAAUCAAAUUCAUCCCGUCAAACAAUCCAUUUCAGACCUCUGGAGAGCAACCCCAGGGAGCGCAGGACUGGACCUCAGUUCCUCCUCCUUCACAGUCCUAA